AUGUUUCUGAAAACUAUGAGAUAUUUGCAAGUCUUGCAGAGUUUACCCAAUAGUCAUUUAAAAUUAUCACUUUUAGGAAGAAACUUUUGCAAAAAUCAAACUCCAGAAAGAUGUAGAACAGAAAUAGGAUUGCUUCAAGUUUCCAGAAACAAGUCACAGUUAUGCUUGAUAACUCGCUCAAUGUCUAUAAAAAAGCAUUUAGAUUACACCAACGUUCCAAAGAUAGACGAAGCUGACAUCGAAAUACAAUUUGUGAGAGGUAGCGGCCCGGGGGGUCAGGCAACCAAUAAAACAAACAACGCGGUGCUAAUGAAGCACAAACCGACUGGGCUAGUCGUAAAGUGUCACCAGUCUAGAAGUGUUUGGGAGAACAAGAAAACCGCUUUCGAAUUGUUGACCAUGAAGUUGGAUACCUUGAUGAAUGGGAAAAACUCGAUAGAGGAACAAAUAAAAGCCAUACAAGCCAAGAAAUCCACAGCGCAAGCCAGGAAGAAAAGGAAGCUCGAUGAAUUAAAAGCAGCUUUCAAAGAACGCGAAGGUCUCGAUUAGUAACAGCAACUUGUUAAGCAAAUUUAACGUUCAUAUGUUGAAUAAAAACAAUGGGUAGAAAAAUUAGUCAUAAUAAUAUGUUUAGCAAAGUGCAAAUUCAACAUCAAUAUUGUAGC